CGGCUAGCGCUGGUGCGUGCUUCCUCCAUUAUAUUAUCAUUGCGCCUCGUCCUCCCCAAUCCUCAUUGCCCAUCACAUUCCAUCGACCAGUCUCAAUUCAAGGAGCUGAGGACGACCUGUCCGUCCGGAGCUGAUCGAGAAACGGAGGGGCGGUUCCAGUUUCAGUCCAGCUAGCUAGCUAGCUAGAAGAUCCCAUUCGCUGACAGAUGGGUUCCUACAUCCAAGGAGAUGAUGAGGUCCCUGUGUACGAGUCGGGCGCCGAGGUGCUUGCGAAGGUGCAAGAGAAAUGGGCGGCGGCGGCGGCAUCGCGGCCUCCUCCCUACCCGGCCAUGUACUCGAGCGUGUUCGGCGGCAUCAUCCUGGACCCGGCCAUGAUGGUUCUCCCCAUCGACGACCACAUGGUCCACCGGGGCCACGGCGUGUUCGACACGGCCAUGAUCCUGGACGGCGCCCUGUACGAGCUGGACGCGCACCUGGACCGCUUCCUCCGGUCGGCCGCGGCGGCGCGCGUGGGCACGGCCCCGUUCCCGCGCGAGGCGCUGCGGCGCAUCCUGAUCCAGAUGACCGCCGCCUCGGGCUGCCGCAUGGGCUCCAUCCGCUACUGGCUCAGCUCCGGGCCCGGCGACUUCCUGCUGUCCUCCAGGGGCUGCCCGUCGCCGGCGUUCUACGGCGUGGUGAUCGCGUCGGAGUACGAGCAGUGCGGGGUGGACGGCACCGGGGUGCGCGCGGUCACGGCCACGGUGCCCAUGAAGCCGCCGCAGUUCGCGACCGUGAAGAACGUGAACUACCUUCCCAACGUGCUGUCCAUCAUGGACGCCGAGGACCGCGGCGCCUUCGCGUCCGUGUGGGUGGACGACCAAGGGUACGUGGCCGAGGGCCCCAUGGUGAACGUGGCGUUCGUGACGCCCGAGCGGGAGCUCGUGCUCCCGGCCUUCGACAAGAUCCUCAGCGGGUGCACGGCCAAGAGGAUGCUCGCGCUGGCGCCUCGCCUCGUGGACGCCGGCCUGCUCGCGGGCGUCAGCACCAGGGACAUCACAGCCGAGGACGCCAAGCGCAGCGCCGAGAUGGCGUUCGUCGGCAGCGGCCUCCCCGUGCUGCCCGUCGUCGAGUGGGACGGCAAACCCAUCGGAGACGGGAAGGUUGGGAAGCUGAUGCCGGCGCUGUCUGAUCUGCUGUGGGAGGACAUGAAGUCCGGUCCCGACAGGAUCCCCGUUCCAUACAAGCAGUAGCCUGAGCGAAGGCGAAGCCAUGACAUGUCUCUCUCUCUCUCUCUGUGUAUGUGUUUGCAGUCGAAUGGUGAUUGCCUUGCCUGAAUAAAAAUAAACCUCUCUCUGU